CCAAGCUCGACCCCGUGCGCAGCUACCUCUCGACACGAGCCAGCAGCACGCAGCUCGCGAUCUCCUUCGUCCCAGUUCCAGACUUCCAGUUCCAGCCAUGGCGGCAAGAAGGCUCCUCCUCGAGGCGGCGGCGGCCGCCGGCACGCAGCAACCGGACUCGCUCAGCUCGGACCUGGUCCUCAUCCUCGCCGGCCUGCUCUGCGCGCUGGUCUGCGUCCUCGGUCUCGCCCUCGUGGCGCGGUGCGCGUGCUCUCGCCGCUGGGCGAGCGCCGCGGCGCCGUCCUCCCCUCCCGGCGCGAACAGGGGCGUCAAGAAAGAGGUGCUGCGCGCCCUCCCCACCGUCGCCUACGCCGUCCCCAACGGCGGCGCGGACGCGGACGAGUGCGCCAUCUGCCUUGCCGAGUUCGAGGACGGGCAGCUGAUGCGCGUGCUGCCGCAGUGCGGCCACGGCUUCCACGCGCCCUGCGUCGACGCCUGGCUGCGCUCCCACUCCUCCUGCCCCUCGUGCCGGCGCGUGCUCGUCGCCGCCGAGCUGCCGCGGGGCGAGCCGUGCGGCCGCUGCGGCGCGCGCCCUGGCGCCAUUGGCGCGCUCCUCAAGGGGCCCUGCAGCGGCGGGGCCCUGGCGUCGCUCCUGGCCUAG